UGAGCAAGUAGGAAAUGUUUAAUAUGCUAGUGUGUGAACUAGAUAAACUUUAUCCUUUAAUCCUGACCGAACUCGUGUACCCAACUGAUAUUGCUUUCGUACGUAUGUUGCCCUAGAUAUUUCGAAAGUGGACUUACCUCUGUGUUUUGGGAGAUUUUUCUAUAUUUAUAUACAACGAUAAGGGGUCGGGCAUACACAAAAACAAAUUCCUUUAUUGUCUCUUAAAAAAGAACACGGGGAAUCUUCAAUACAUUUUAAUAAAUACGGGGCCAUAACUAAUUCUCAGUAACGUCUUGGCUCAUCUACUUAUGCAAAUUACGGUUUCUCAAGUUCGUUAACACCCCAUCAAAAAUGACGGCCAUAAUAGGCUAUCAAUUGAUAUUAGUGGCGAUAGGAACACUACUACCGGGUAUAUGGGCGGGUGGAAAACAUGGUCCCAUUGUCCACGUGGUACACAAGGAGGUACCAGUGUUUCAUAAAGUUGCUAUUCCUAAAAUAGUACCAGUACCGAAAUUCUAUCCCGUGCCCAAGCCCGUUCAUGUACCACAUCCAGUGCCUGUACCGGUAAAGGUACCGAUUAUCAAGACUAUUCACAAAGUAAUUACUAUACCGAAACCAGUGCCAAUUCCCAAGAUUAUCCAUAUACCUAAACCCGUGCCGGUCGGUGUACCAGUUCCAGUUUUUAAAUCCAUACCAGUGCCUAUCUAUAAACCACUUCAUAUACCAAAACAUGUACCGGUUCCGGUUCCAGUGAAAAUCCCAAAACACGUACCCGUACCNAGCUGGCUCCAUCUAGGUCAUAGACACGGAUCUUUUACCAUCUAUUUAAGGCUGAUUCUCCUUUACGCGCGAUUCAUUUCUACAAGUUCCUUCCAAAGGAUAGAAAUGACGGCCAUAAUAGGCUAUCAAUUGAUAUUAGUGGCGAUAGGAACACUACUACCGGGUAUAUGGGCGGGUGGAAAACAUGGUCCCAUUGUCCACGUGGUACACAAGGAGGUACCAGUGUUUCAUAAAGUUGCUAUUCCUAAAAUAGUACCAGUACCGAAAUUCUAUCCCGUGCCCAAGCCCGUUCAUGUACCACAUCCAGUGCCUGUACCGGUAAAGGUACCGAUUAUCAAGACUAUUCACAAAGUAAUUACUAUACCGAAACCAGUGCCAAUUCCCAAGAUUAUCCAUAUACCUAAACCCGUGCCGGUCGGUGUACCAGUUCCAGUUUUUAAAUCCAUACCAGUGCCUAUCUAUAAACCACUUCAUAUACCAAAACAUGUACCGGUUCCGGUUCCAGUGAAAAUCCCAAAACACGUACCCGUACCCGUCAAAAAAAUUAUAAAGAUACCUAAACCUAUUCCGGUUCCGGUUAAAGUUCCAAUUUUUAAAGAAAUUGUAGUGAAGAAACCAUUCAUUCUUCACGUUCCUGUUUACAUUAAGAAGCAUACCAGCUACGGACAUCAUCAUGGAGGAUGGUGGUAAUAUCCCAUUGUUUUUGGUGCUAUAUCGAUGUAAAUAAUAUAUUCCAGCAACUUAAAAAUCUAUGUACAUAGCUAUUAUUAUUUUAUAUAAUCUCAUUAUUAAUU